AUGGGGCCCAUCUCAGCCCCUUCCUGCAGAUGGCGCAUCCCCUGGCAGGGGCUCCUGCUCACAGCCUCACUUUUCACCUUCUGGAACCCGCCCACCACUGCUCAGCUCACUAUUGAAGCCGUGCCAUCCAAUGCUGCAGAGGGGAAGGAGGUUCUUCUACUUGUCCACAAUCUGCCCCAGGACCCUCGUGGCUACAACUGGUACAAAGGGGAAACGGUGGAUGCCAACCGUCGAAUUACAGGAUAUGUAAUAUCAAAUCAACAAAUUACCCCAGGGCCUGCAUACAGCAAUCGAGAGACAAUAUACCCCAAUGCAUCCCUGCUGAUGCGGAAUGUCACCAGAAAUGACACAGGAUCCUACACCCUACAAGUCAUAAAGCUAAAUCUUAUGAGUGAAGAAGUAACUGGCCAGUUCAGCGUACAUCCGGAGACUCCCAAGCCCUCCAUCUCCAGCAACAACUCCAACCCCGUGGAGGACAAGGAUGCUGUGGCCUUCACCUGUGAACCUGAGACUCAGAACACAACCUACCUGUGGUGGGUAAAUGGUCAGAGCCUCCCAGUCAGUCCCAGGCUGCAGCUGUCCAAUGGCAACAGGACCCUCACUCUACUCAGUGUCACAAGGAAUGACGUAGGACCCUAUGAAUGUGAAAUACGGAACCCAGCGAGUGCAAACUUCAGUGACCCAGUCACCCUGAAUGUCCUCUAUGGCCCAGAUGCCCCCACCAUUUCCCCUUCAGACACCUAUUACCAUGCAGGGGUAAAUCUCAACCUCUCCUGCCAUGCGGCCUCUAAUCCACCCUCACAGUAUUCUUGGUCUGUCAAUGGCACAUUCCAGCAACACACACAAAAGCUCUUUAUCCCCAACAUCACUACAAAGAACAGCGGAUCCUAUGCCUGCCACGCCACUAACUCAGCCACUGGCCGCAACAGGACCACAGUCAGGAUGAUCACAGUCUCUGAUGCUUUAGUACAAGGAAGUUCUCCUGGCCUCUCAGCUAGGGCCACUGUCAGCAUCAUGAUUGGAGUACUUGCCAGGGUGGCUCUGAUAUAGUAGCCCUGGUGUAGUUUCUGCAUUUCAAGAAGACUGGCAG